CAUCCCAACCGACCGGCCGAUGGAGUCGGAGUCGUCGAACCAGACGCCGUCCAUGGACAAGCCUCCAGCUGCAGCCGGGCGUCGGUCGUCCGAGCGCAAGGCGUCGGCAAUCGCCGAGGCGCGGCAGUUGUUUGAGGCCCGACACCGAGCUGUCCAGGCGCAGACCGUCUACCUCUUUGGUCGCGAUCCGUACGCCGGCGACCCCGCGCAGACCAAGCAGGGCGACGUGGCCGCCAUCACAGACGACUUUCCGUCCGAGCACUCGAUCCUCGAGCUCAGUGCAGGGUACGAGUGGUCGGCAGCUUUGAUGCAAGACAACAGUGUCUACACGUGGGGCUGCAACACAGGCGGGCAACUGGGUCACGGGGACACGGCGUCGAUGGCCAAGCCGACGCUCGUACAAAGCUUUGUGGGCAUCCGCGUCGUCCGCAUCUCUUGCGGCGGCACGCACGGUGGAUUCCUAUCCGAUAUCGGCGCGCUCUACAUGGUUGGGGACGGCCGCUAUGGCCGCCUCGGCAACGGCUCGUUCGAGAUGGCACUGACGCCCGUGCAGAUCACGUGCACGUACGACGCGCUCAAGGAGCGUGGCCAGGCGCUCGGCGCGUGGCCCACGUUCCUUGACGAGCGAGGCGUCAAGCGCGACGAGCCAACGACGUUUGCAGACGUGAGUUGCGGCGACCGACACACCCUCGCGCUCGUGCGCUCCGUGUCCAUCGUCAAGCAGGCUGUGGUGGCGUUUGGCGACGGCAGCAACGGCCGCCUCGGCGUUGGCACGGACAAGGAUCACACGCUGCCGUGCUUGAUCGCAGCGUACAAGACGCAGCAGGGCAUCGUGUUUCCACCCAUCCAAAAAAUCCACGCCGGCCCGAGCCACAGUCUCGCCAUCACACACACGGGCGAACUCUAUACGUGGGGCAACGGCGGCCACGGACGCCUUGGUCAUGGAUGUGAAGAAAGCGACUGGUCGCCCAAACGUGUCGAGUACUUUACCCUCACUGGACGCUUGGACGCCCACGUCGUCUUGCCCAACGAGGCGACGCCUGACGUUGUCGGCCGAGCGAUCGCUGCAGGGCGACUGCACUCGGCCGUGGUUGACACCCGCGACCAAGUCUACAUGUGGGGCGACAAUGCGUUGGGCCAGCUGGGCUUAGCACCGACCUCGGUGCCAUUCCAACCAACGCCGCUGGCAUUGCCUCCGUCGGACAUCGGCGGCGCAUCCGGCACGUCAACCGUAGCGCUUGGGGACCACUACUCGCUCUUCGUGGUGAGGCGCGACGAGACGUAUCAUUUCCACAAGCUCCGGAUGCUGGACGAUGACGCAGACGAGAACGGGCCGUGUCCAAACAACCCUGCUGGACAACCGAGGUCGUCUCGAAAGGCGGCGUUCUGGUCCCGGCGGCCGUGGCGACGACAAGCAAAUGACACCGCAACGCCGGCACCGGGCCCAACGACGAAAUGGUCGUUUGCGAUCCACGAUCCGACCGAGUCACUCGAGCUGCCGUCGAGCAUGGAUCGGUUCUUGCAUUUAAUGGCGACGACCAAGAUCGCCAAGCGUCUGCCACAAAUGAACCACCAAGCGUCCAUGGAGGCGGUACACCACGCCAAACUCGCUACCUUUCACCUCACAGAGGCUGCACACGAGCCCGAGGCGAGACGCAUCGCAGAGCCAACAAAGCCUGUCGUUGUAAAAGGGAUGGCAUCGUGGCGGGCGCGACGAGCGGUGGCAACAAGAAACAAGACGGCGGCAUUUGGGUCGGCAGCGCGGUUUCACUACCGCAAGCCAUCCGUUGUGUCUCCGACGACCAUCGUCGUGACAACGCCAGAGACACAGUCGAAGCGACCAACCAGCAACUACUUUGGCCUUGCCAAACGACUCGACGCUCCAGUUCUGCCGACCCCAGGCCCCGGCACGUACGAUAUCCCGGGUAUCUCGGUGCCGGAACCGGUUGGGACACCGUUCGGGUCGACGGCGCCCAAGAUGUUGUGCUUGACCAAGCCACCGUACGCACACGAAGUGCUCGGAAGCGUCGAGCUCCACCCCGAGUCUGCGGCACCUUUGGUGUACCCGACGUCACCGAGCGUCAAGAUUGACGACGGCCAUGAUUUCAGCCGCGUCGUGGGGCGUCAGCUUGCCAAAGGCAAGGGCUGCACGCCGGGCCCUGGGGCCUACCACCUGCCAACCUAGAGUGUCAUUAGCAUUGAGCAAGACUGCACUAGGAAAACUAUACGGUAGCAAAAACCCACAGACGAGAAUAACAUUAGUUAGAGAACCAAUAAAUAAGAGAGUCAGCAGUGG